AAAGCUGCGGUUGCCCAUCUCAGAGACGUUGUUCCAGAUGAACAGAGAUCAGCUGCAGAAGCUGGUCCAGUAUCUGAUCACAGCCCACCACACUGAGGUGCUGCCCACUGCUCAGAAACUGGCCGACGAGAUCCUCUCCUCCAACUCUGAGAUCAACCAGGUCCAUGGUGCUCCGGACCCGACUGCAGGCGCCAGCAUUGACGAUGACAACUGCUGGCAUCUGGACGAGGAUCAAGUGAGGGAGCAGGUCAAACAGUUUCUGUCACAGGGAGGAUACUAUGGCUCUGGGAAGCAACUCAACUCCAUGUUCGCUAAGGUGAGGGAGAUGCUACGAAUGCGAGACUCCAACGGCGCCCGAAUGCUGACGCUCAUAACGGAACAGUUUAUGGCAGACCCCCGGCUGUCGCUAUGGAGACAGCAGGGCACGGGCAUGACGGACAAGUGUCGGCAGCUCUGGGAUGAGCUAGGUGCAUUGUGGGUGUGCGUGGUGCUAAACCCCCACUGUAAAAGCGAGGAGAAGAGCAGCUGGCUGAAGCAGCUGAAGAAAUGGGGCGACAUGGAUGUCUGCCCGCUGGAGGACGGCAACUACGGCAGUGAGCUUCCAAACAUCACCAACGCUCUGCCGCAGAGCAACCUGGCACAGGACUCUCUGUCCAGACCGAGGAGGACGGUGUUCAGUCGGGCAGUUGAGGCCUGCGACCUCCACUGGCAGGACAGCCACCUCCAGAGGAUCAUCAGCAGCGACCACUACAUGUCUCCAUCCUACCAGAGAGAGGGGGAGAGCCUGCUGUUCAACCCACAGGGCCUACCACUCUGGCUAGACCACGUCCCGACAGCAUGCGCUCGCGUCGACGCCCUGCGUUCCCACGGUUACUCCAGGGAAGCCCUGCGAUUGGCCGUCGCCAUCAUCAACACGCUCCGCCUCCAACAGCAGAGACAAAUGGACAUCUACAAACACCAAAAGAAAGAGCUUCUCCAGAGGGGUGUGACUUCCACCACCAACCUGGAAGGCUGGGUGGGUCAUCCCUUAGACCCGAUUGGCUGUCUGUUCACCACACUUACUGAAACCUGCCGUGUGGACGACGACAACACCAUGGACACCGGAGAAGGUGACCCCAGGCCUCCGGUCUACCACCAUGUACCAGUUUGGGGCAGUCCUGAUGGAGGGGAGUCAUACCUGACUUUGGCCUUAGAGGUGGCUCUGAUGGGUAUGGGCCAGCAGAGGAUAAUGCCAGAGGGCCUGUAUGCUCAGGAUAAGGUGUGUCGUAAUGAGGAGCAGAUAGUUGUAAAACUUCAAGAACUGGAGCUGGAUGAUCUCCUGGUUCAGACUCUUCGGAAACAGGCCAUACAGCUACUAGAAGCUGGUCCGUUCAGUGGUCUAGGUGAGGUCAUCCACAGGGAGAGUGUUCCCAUGCACACCUUUGCCAAGUACCUCUUCUCUGCCUUGCUGCCACAUGACGCAGACCUGGCGUAUAAGUUGGCUCUCCGCGCCAUGAGGCUGCCAGUGCUGGAGUCCUCAGCAGGCUCCGGGGACGUGGGCCACCCUCAUCACGGCAUCUCCAUAGUUCCGAGUAGAUACCCGCGCUGGUUCACACUGGGACACCUGGAGUCCCAGCAGUGUGAGCUGGCCUCCACCAUGCUCACUGCUGCUAAAGGUGACAUGUUGAGGUUGCGGACGGUGCUGGAGGCAAUCCAGAAAAACAUCCACUCCUCUUCCUUAAUCUUUAAACUGGCCCAGGACGCCUUUAAGAUAGCCACACCCGCGGACAACCCGCCUGAUAUAACCCUGCUCAACGUGGCACUGGAGCUAGGACUGCAGGUGAUGAGGAUGACUCUGUCCACACUGAACUGGAGAAGGAGAGAGAUGGUUCGCUGGCUGGUAACCUGUGCCACUGAAGUCGGUCUGCGGGCGUUGGUGAGCAUCUUACAGAGCUGGUACACUCUCUUCACACCGACCGAGGCCACCAGCAUCGUGGCGGCCACCGUCAUGUCCCACAACACCAUCCUGCGCCUCAGCCUCGACUACCCCCAGCGCGAGGAACUAGCCAGCUGCGCCAGGACCCUGGCCCUGCAGUGCGCCAUGAAGGACCCCCAGAACUGCGCUCUGUCAGCUCUGACACUCUGCGAGAAGGACCACAUCGCCUUCGAGACAGCCUACCAGAUUGUGAUUGACGCAGCGUCCACGGGUAUGACUUACUCCCAGCUGUUUACCAUCGCAAGGUACAUGGAACACAGAGGAUACCCGCUGCGGUCCUUUAAGUUGGCCUCCCUCGCCAUGACCCACCUUAACCUGGCUUACAACCAGGACACACACCCAGCUAUUAAUGACGUGCUCUGGGCGUGCGCGCUCAGCCACUCUCUGGGUAAAAAUGAGCUUGCAGCCAUUAUCCCCCUGGUGGUGAAGAGCGUGCAUUGUGCCACGGUACUGUCCGACAUCCUGCGGCGGUGCACCAUGACGGCGCCGGGUCUCGCCGGCAUUCCCGGGAGAAGGAACUCUGGGAAGCUGAUGUCAACGGACAAGGCGCCGCUGCGGCAGCUCCUGGACGCCACGAUUUCGGCGUACAUCAACACCACGCACUCUCGACUGACACACAUCAGUCCGCGGCACUACGGAGAGUUCAUAGAAUUCCUGAGCAAAGCGCGGGAGACUUUCCUGCUGGCACAGGACGGCCACAUUCAGUUCGCCCAGUUCAUAGACAACCUGAAACAGAUCUACAAGGGCAAGAAGAAACUGAUGAUGUUGGUCAGGGAGCGCUUCGGCUGACCUUACCCCCCUCACCCCUCACAGGGACCCUCUUCUUGGGAAGUAGUUAAACUUAUUUGUUUCUAUUUAAGGUUUUUUUGGAUUUCUUGUAUUUUUACUUCUUAUGUUGAGCCAUUUGUUGACUAAGUCUUAAGUUUUUGUCCUGUUUUGUUGUUUUGUUUCUUGAAUGUGAACCAGAAAGUGUUCGCAGUGCAUUGCUCUACUUCAUUGAGACUGCAAGAGGGGGAAACGGCUUAAAAUGUCAAAGAAACAACAGCAGAAACAAAGCAUUUUUCUCCUCCAACUAAUGUUAACUCUAGUAUGAAAAAGUCAAAAGAUUGUGAUGGGGAAAAAACAGAAAAGGAACUUUUGUUUUUCGGUGGCACAUGACGAUUCAAAAACCAAAAGCUUUUGUUGGAUGGGGUACUUACUUUGAGCCAGAAGACACUUUCAGCUGGGGUUAAGAAGAAGAAGAGGAAAUGGUUUUUCAAAGUGGAAGGAACAUUAAAGGAAUUAAAACCCACUGAGGUCAAAACACAUAGUGUUACUGUCAUACCUCGACUGUAUUAUUCAUCAGCUUUAAUCUCUCUAUCAGAAAUUGCCUCUUGUUUCAUUCAGGGCAUCUUAGAGUAGUGAGGGCAGAAUACAGAACUACACGUGUGGUCUCUCUGUAGAAUAAGUCAGUACCAACGGGUUUAUAAACUUGACUAAAGCCACUCUAGACUAGCUCCUACCCUAUACACCUGCUGGUCAGUGCUUUUCCUUAAGAUCUAUCUUUAGAGGAAGAACCAUGUUGCUUCACAGAGUGCAUGUUUUCCAAUCCACAAGCCUGAGAGUGACAUUGUUCAGGCUGAUCUAGCUAAGGUAGAGUAGUUGAGGCUCCACGUGCACAUAUAUACAGUAUAUCUCGUAUGUCCUCCUAUAAGCUUUUUACCAGUGACAAUACACAACUGUGAUGAACGGAGCGGUCACAGUAUUCCCAGAAAUACCACUGCACUGCUGUACAGCUAUUUGUGGCCAAAACCAUUUAAACCUAUAAGACUCCAGUGAUCACCCUUUCACUCACUAGAUCCACAUUUAGUCAAUAAGCAAUAUAAGUCAACUCUGCGCUUCAUUUUUAUCACCUGGUGGCAUUAAUUUCACCUUCUUGUAUUCUGUUAGGAAGCUUUGGAACCUACUGGGACCUUUUUGAUGUCAGUGACUGUUAGUUUCUAACUCUGCCUGUAGCCAAAGUCCCUUUUCCAUCUCAAGAACGCAGGAACUUUUAGUUUGUUUCUUUGUUUCCUAGGACCUUUUCACAUACCCAGAGCAUCACAACAUUUUAAGAGCAGAAAUCUGGUUUCUAACCCUAACCCCUAGUACUUAUUACCAAUUGCUGUGAGUUCUUUUAUAACAGCCAGAAUGACCUAAAAUGACAUUAGCAGCAAGAGGUAAUAAUUGCUUAACAUCUAAACAAUCUUGGACUGAUAAUAAGGUAGAAGCCCUACCUUGAAUAUCUUUUCAGAUCAAGAGAUUUAGUUAUUUCAGUUCAUUGCGUUUCUACCACUGAUAAUGUGUAAUGUGUCAUCAUCCAACUCUGCUGUUCCUCAGCUCUAUAAAAGCUUUAUAGGAUCUUUUAGCAAUUUUUUAUGAUUUCCCGCUCCUUAUCCUCAUUUCCACCCACAGCAGGUAGCUGUUGUCGGCUGCUGUGCACUGGCUGCCUAGCAACAAACAGCAGCCAAAGUUAGCAUCUAGCUGGACAUAGUGGAGCAUUUGGCUGCUACUAUGCUGCUAGUGACCAUGGACUUGGACUUGUUAGGUGGCCAAAAACACGGCCCCAAACGAAUGCUAAUGCACCAUCUCUGCUAGACGUGUACGCUAGCAACUGUUUGCUAACAUGUUAGCUGUAGCGACUUUGUAUGAUAAAGUCCUAGUUCCUAGCUCGUUCCACUAUCCAAAGUUUCCAAAAAAAUGACCAAUGAAUAAGUAAUGAGUAAUUGCUAUAAUCUAGUCCCCAUCAUGGCUAAAAGAAAAAUGACCAUGUUUCUAAAUCUAAAUCCUUCCAGUUCCUUGGUCUUGUGAAGGAAAAGGGUCUGUAGUUACUGGAGCGACCUACCUGUGAAUGCUACUGGUUGUGAUCGUUGUGGACUCUGAAGACGAGUUGUCUUUCUCAAAGGGUUGACACAGUGCAAACACAAAAAAUACUCUGUUUUAUGACUUGAUGACUUCAUCCUACAUAUUUGAGACCACAUGCCAUGGCACAGGAAGUAGUUUUUUCUUCUCUCCCCCUUGUCUUACCCAGUGGCAAAGUGUUGUUGUUAAUGGCAGUAUACAGUACAGCAAGAGCUUGAAUCUUUACUGGUUGGACUAAACGUCAUCGUACGAGCACUUCACACAAAUACCUCUUCAGUACGUUCCUGCCUGCUUCAGCAUUUAUUUAUUGAUUGUUUGGAAACUUUGUAUGACUGAGUAGGAAUCGCAGACACACAAACAGAACGCAGCAAAUGAGUCCGCCCGUCGAUGGCAGGACAGUUAAAGAAAAAGGGUUUUUGAAUGGAGGAACAUUUUCUUGUCUGCUUUUACAUUCCAUGAGAGCUACCUUCACCCACUACCCGGGUAGUCAGUCACAACUCUGGGCCUUUUUUGAUCCGAAGAAACGCAGAUAGAAGAAUGACGACAAAAAAAAGGAAAACUGAGCAAAAGAAAGAAAAGAGAGGCUAAACUCAGUUCUCAGGGACAUCACUUAAAGAAACAAAACAAAAAGUAGUAGCAUUAAGCAUUUAAGAUAUUGUAAAUAUUAAAGUGUCAAUUCAGAAAAUUGUAAAGUUAUAAUUAUUUAUGAUAAGUAUGUUAUGUGUUUGGUUUUUUUCCCCUUAUUUUUAUGUUUUUAUUUUGGCCGGGGUGUACUUGAACUGUUUUGGACGGGGAAUUUGACAGCGUUUUUUGUAAGAGCAAAGACUUCAAGGCAUUUCUCAGGUGCUCCUGUGUACAUUUCUUUCUGUUUGUUUUUGCUAUAAUAACUAUUAUUAUUUGUAUUUUUUUAAAUUUUUUGAUUUGCAAAGAAAAAAAAGAAUCUGUGUUCCAAAAGGAAGCAUGUCAUUCGGAGUCGAGGAGAAUGAGGAAGGCAUUCAUUUGUAAACAGAUACGUACUAAACCUGACUAUGCAGAACCACUUCGAUGGUCUUGUCACCUCUUAAAGACCCCCCCUCCCCUCCGAAAACUUAAGUGUGGAAGAGACACCGUGGCCUGAACCACUAUUAAAGAAGGGGAGGGGGGGCAAAGGCAAGGCCCAGCAUGCUUGUGUUUGGACAAUGCGCAGUAGCCAGCCUGCAUCCGCUGCAACAUUUAGAGGAGACAAAAAAAAAUGAAAAUGGUGGGAAAUGCCUUUCUGACCGAUCAAUGUACAAAGUUUAUUUUUUCUUUACUUCUUUGUUGGUUUUAUUUAAUCAGGACUCAAGCCUUUAGUGUCUUCUCAGAGGUGUCGAGUCGGGUGGUGGCACUGCAGUGAGACAGAACAAUACACAAAUGUCAGAGAGUCUGAAACAGCAACUGUAUGAACAAAAGAGACGGCCUGUGGAUGACCUUGUGUUCAUUCCUCGUUGGAACUUGUUUUGGACUUUUUUUUUUUAUUGCUUUCUCAACUCCCUCCAGCCUACAACGCUGGCUGAGUUCACCUCUUCUGUCUCAUUACCAUAGUUUCUUUUUCUAAUCUUCAGUUGCUCAUCACCUCACUCCCCCUCACACAGGGAGGAUUUUGGUUUCAAGCAAUGCAGCGAUGUGUCAGUGACCAGCUUUCAGCACAGCCACUUCCUCUACUGUCUUACCUUAAAGCGCUUGAGACACCAGUGCACUGCAGCGGCUUUGUGUCUGCACAAAGUCAACUCUCGACAAAAUCUGUAUUUCCAUCUGCUGUUGCUGCAGGUUUCUACAGAACGAGGAUAAAAAGAGGUUUAACUACUAUUUCUUGGCUGCUACAUUAGCAUGAUAGGUGAAAGCGGGGUGUUGUUUUACCACUUGCUUAAAAUGGAAGCUGCCUUUAUGUGAUGCAUUAACUGACAGCGUUACAACAAAGACGUUCCUCCCUCUAGCUUGUUUUUCAGUCCGUGUUAACUGUAUCAGCCAGUUUCCUGAGGUUUUCUUAUUUUCCCCCUUUCUUUCGUUCAAUAGGAGAGUACUAUUUGCUGGUAGAGAUCUAGUUCACCUACUGUUUCCCAGUUUGUUUUGUUUUGGAUUCUCUCUAACUCUAAGGGAAAAUUGAAAGUGUUUGUUGCCUCUUUGUGCUACUGAUUAUGAAAAGGUAUUUCCAGUAUUUGUUGCCACAGAAGUAUGAUAGCUUAUCAUCAACACUUGUUUUUUUGUUUUUUUAAUUUGUAAUUUUUUGUGCAACUUCUUGAGCUACUGUCUAUAAAGCGAGAAUUUAUUACUAUUUAUGUAACGCUACUACCAUUUUAUAUUGAUUUGUGUUGGAAUCUCAGUGCUUUUCUAUGAAUAAAGUGUGAAACACG